UGCUAAUGAGUUCACUACAACUCUGAGUGUUAAAAGGAGACAGCUGGCCCCUACAGAAAGAGCAAUCUGUUAGUUUCAGGUAGUAGUGUUCCUGGGAGGAGGACUGAGAAAAAGGCUUGGGUAAGGCUGGGGUUAGGUCUUGAGAGAAUUUCUAAGCAACUACCUGACUCUGGACAUCUUUCUUCAGAAGAAGGAUCUAAGCAAUUAAUCUAGUAAACUAUUACUGGUGAGAGAACCUCCUUUUAAAGAUCAGGAUUGUUAUCUUAGAAGAAGAACUAAAGAUUGAUACCAGAAUGUCCGGACAUGAAAAAAAAAAUGUGAAAUCCCCAGCUGUGUCAAAGAAAACCAAGUCUGCAAAAGCUGGGCUGCAAUUCCCAGUUGGCCGUGUGCAUCGGCUACUCAGAAGAGGGCACUAUGCUGAGAGAAUUGGUGCUGGAGCUCCAGUGUACCUGGCUGCAGUGCUGGAAUAUCUGAGUGCUGAGAUAUUGGAACUGGCAGGAAAUGCUGCACGUGAAAACAAGAGAAGCAGGAUAGGGCCACGACACAUCCAGCUGGCAGUAAGGAAUGAUGAAGAGCUGAAUAGUCUGUUUGCAGGUGUGACCAUUGCUGAAGGAGGGGUCAUGCCCAAUAUCCUCUCCCAGCUUCUUCCCAAGAAAACAAAAUCUUCUGGUCCAGGACAGAAAGAUGGCCAGUCACAGGAAUUCUAGUAGCUGUUAAGUUUGUUACCUCUGGGAUGGGUUUCCUCCAUAACUGUUAAUUUAUCAUGCCUACAGACUCUUGAUUUUUAUUUUUAAUGUAUGUUCUUUAACUGCUUCUAAGUGUGCUUCUUUUAUUGAUCUCUGUGAAAUAAAUACUUGUGCAGAAGGUU